AUGCAUAUUAUCAUUCAUCGCUCCAAAUUUGCAUAUUAUCAUUCAUCGUCCCAAAUUUGCAUAUUAUCAUUCAUCGUCCCAAAUAUGCAUAUUACCAUUCAUCGUCCCAAAUUUGCAUAUUAUCAUUCAUCGUCCCAAAUUUGCAUAUUAUCAUUCAUCGUCCCAAAUAUGCAUAUUACCAUUCAUCGUCCCAAAUUUGCAUAUUAUCAUUCAUCGUCCCAAAUUUGCAUAUUAUCAUUCAUCGCUCCAAAUUUGCAUAUUAUCAUUCAUCGUCCCAAAUUUGCAUAUUAUCAUUCAUCGUCCCAAAUAUGCAUAUUAUCAUUCAUCGCUCCAAAUUUGCAUAUUAUCAUUCAUCGUCCCAAAUAUGCAUAUUAUCAUUCAUCGCUCCAAAUUUGCAUAUUAUCAUUCAUCGUCCCAAAUUUGCAUAUUAUCAUUCAUCGCUCCAAAUUUGCAUAUUAUCAUUCAUCGUCCCAAAUUUGCAUAUUAUCAUUCAUCGUCCCAAAUAUGCAUAUUAUCAUUCAUCGCUCCAAAUUUGCAUAUUAUCAUUCAUCGUCUCAAAUUUGCAUAUUAUCAUUCAUCGUCCCAAAUAUGCAUAUUACCAUUCAUCGUCCCAAAUUUGCAUAUUAUCAUUCAUCGUCCCAAAUUUGCAUAUUAUCAUUCAUCGCUCCAAAUUUGCAUAUUAUCAUUCAUCGUCCCAAAUUUGCAUAUUAUCAUUCAUCGUCCCAAAUAUGCAUAUUAUCAUUCAUCGCUCCAAAUUUGCAUAUUAUCAUUCAUCGUCCCAAAUAUGCAUAUUAUCAUUCAUCGCUCCAAAUUUGCAUAUUAUCAUUCAUCGUCCCAAAUUUGCAUAUUAUCAUUCAUCGCUCCAAAUUUGCAUAUUAUCAUUCAUCGUCCCAAAUUUGCAUAUUAUCAUUCAUCGUCCCAAAUAUGCAUAUUAUCAUUCAUCGCUCCAAAUUUGCAUAUUAUCAUUCAUCGUCCCAAAUUUGCAUAUUAUCAUUCAUCGCUCCAAAUUUGCAUAUUUUCAUUCAUCGUCUCAAAUAUGCAUAUUAUCAUUCAUCGCCUUAA